AUGGGCAUCGGCAAGCGUGGCAACCAAGUCAACGUUAUGAAUUUCGGCCUUACCAAGAAGUACCGGGAGCCCAAGGCUCAUGUCCACAUUCCUUAUUGCGAGAAUAAGAGCAUGACUGGCACUGCCUGGUAUGCUUCCAUCAACACUCAUUUAGCUCUCGGCUACGUCAUGCUCUACUUCUGCCGCGGCUCGCUCCCCUGGCAGGGUUUGAAGGCUGCUACGACGAAACAGAAGUAUGACCGCAUUAUGGAGAAGAAGAUGAAUACCCCUACCGAGAUUCUGUGCCACGGCAUCCCCGAUGAGUUUGCCAUGAAGUGA